AUGGCAACAUCCUCCUUCGGAUCCCGCCCCCCUCUCAUGAUCAAUGUUGCCGUCAAUCCUGGAGGGAGACCUGGUUUCAAAAACAGGUUCUUGCACUCACUUCCCGAGCAAGAGUCUAUUGAAGACCUUGGACAUGCGACACGGACCCUUCCAUCUGGGUCGAGAGUCAUUAAAGCGUCCUUUCAUCCUCCUAGUCCAAACACCUCUCCAAACACCUCUCAAGGCAGUUCGCCCCGGGCCGACCCUUUGAGGCACGCAAUUACGCCUCCGCCCCUAAUUUCUGGGAAGAAUCUGUUAACAUCGACAACUGUGGGGCCCCAGAGAGAAGGUGGGCUGAUAGCAAAGCCUGUACACUUGACAAGUGGGAAAUUACAGGCAUAUUUGCAAUGGCCUGCGGCAGAGUUUGCUGCCAUCAAGGCUGCGAUAAAAGUUCUUGCAGAGAAACAUUUGGACAUCCGUAAGCCGUUCAAGGAUCAAGAUGUAGAGGAGUUGGCUAGUCUGAGGGAAGAGGCCAUAUCCGAGUAUCCUGUAUUGGCUGGAUACGAAAAUGAUUGGGCCACCAACGAAUUUCUUCGGCGGUUGUUGAAAAACACUUCUUCGCGAUCAAAGCCAAAAGUAUAG